AAAACCGUGAGCUGGGUUUAUAAUCGCCCCAUAAAGCUCGGGAGGCUGGCGGGCACCCUCAACAGAUCCCCGCCGCCCCGCGGACCAGCGGCCCCGCGAGCAGCGGCCUCGUGACUCCCCCGCCCCGCGGGUCCCCGCCUCCCCUCUCCGCCCCCGCCUCCCCCGGAGCCCAGCGGCCGCCUCUCCGGGUCUCUCUCGUCUCCUCCAGGUUUUCGGGUGCCGGACAAGGGGUGGCACUGGUCAGGAAGCAGCUGGAGGUGACACGGGACAUAAACGCCAGUGGCCGAGCCGAGCCCAGCCGGGUGGAUCGCUGGACGCUACGCAGAGGAGCGGCGGGAGUGUCCAGCUCGGGGUCGCCGAGCCGAGCCUGUUCCCGCUCGCGACCCACCCGCAGACCCAUCCGGAGGACCCCUGACACUCGACACCCCAAGACGAUCGAGCUGAUGGCGUCCUCGACCCCUUCUUCGUCCGCAGCCUCCUCGAACGCAGGAGCAGAUCCCAAUACCACCAACCUGCGCCCCACAACCUAUGACACCUGGUGCGGAGUGGCCCACGGAUGCACCCGGAAGCUGGGGCUGAAGAUCUGUGGCUUCUUGCAGAGAACCAACAGCCUGGAAGAGAAGAGUCGUCUUGUGAGUGCCUUCAAAGAGAGGCAGUCCUCCAAGAACCUGCUUUCCUGUGAAAACAGUGACCGUGAUGCUCGCUUCCGGCGCACAGAGACCGACUUCUCCAACCUGUUUGCUCGAGACCUGCUUCCAGCUAAGAACGGGGAAGAGCAGACUGUGCAGUUCCUACUGGAAGUGGUAGACAUACUCCUCAACUAUGUUCGCAAGACGUUCGAUCGCUCCACCAAGGUGCUGGACUUCCACCACCCACACCAGCUGCUGGAAGGCAUGGAGGGUUUUAACUUGGAACUCUCUGACCACCCGGAAUCCCUGGAGCAGAUCCUGGUUGACUGCAGAGACACCCUCAAGUACGGGGUUCGCACAGGUCAUCCUCGAUUUUUCAACCAGCUCUCCACUGGAUUGGAUAUCAUUGGCUUAGCUGGUGAAUGGCUGACAUCAACUGCCAAUACCAAUAUGUUUACAUAUGAAAUUGCACCAGUGUUUGUCCUCAUGGAGCAAAUAACACUUAAGAAGAUGAGAGAGAUAAUUGGAUGGUCAAAUAAAGAUGGUGAUGGGAUAUUUUCUCCUGGGGGAGCCAUAUCCAACAUGUACAGCAUCAUGGCUGCUCGCUACAAGUACUUCCCGGAAGUGAAGACAAAGGGCAUGGCAGCUGUGCCCAAACUGGUUCUCUUCACCUCAGAACACAGUCACUAUUCCAUAAAGAAAGCUGGGGCUGCGCUUGGCUUUGGAACCGACAAUGUGAUUUUGAUAAAGUGCAAUGAAAGGGGGAAGAUAAUUCCAGCUGAUUUAGAGGCAAAAAUUCUUGAAGCCAAGCAAAAGGGAUAUGUUCCUUUAUAUGUCAAUGCAACAGCUGGCACCACUGUUUAUGGAGCCUUUGAUCCAAUUCAGGAGAUUGCCGAUAUCUGUGAGAAAUACAACCUUUGGCUGCAUGUUGAUGCUGCCUGGGGUGGUGGACUGCUCAUGUCCAGGAAGCACCGCCAUAAACUCAGCGGCAUAGAAAGGGCCAACUCAGUCACCUGGAACCCUCACAAGAUGAUGGGGGUUCUGCUACAGUGCUCUGCCAUUCUGGUCAAGGAAAAGGGGAUCCUGCAAGGAUGCAACCAGAUGUGUGCAGGGUACCUCUUCCAGCCAGACAAGCAGUACGACGUCUCCUAUGAUACUGGGGACAAGGCAAUUCAAUGUGGCCGCCAUGUGGACAUCUUCAAGUUCUGGCUCAUGUGGAAAGCAAAGGGCACUGUGGGAUUUGAAAAUCAGAUCAACAAAUGUCUAGAGCUGGCUGAAUAUCUCUAUGCCAAGAUUAAAAACAGAGAAGAAUUUGAGAUGGUUUUCGAUGGUGAGCCUGAGCACACAAACGUCUGUUUCUGGUACAUUCCACAAAGCCUCAGAGGUGUUCCAGAUAGCCCUGAGCGACGGGAAAAACUACACAGGGUGGCUCCAAAGAUCAAAGCUCUGAUGAUGGAGUCAGGCACCACUAUGGUUGGCUACCAGCCUCAGGGAGACAAGGCCAACUUCUUUCGGAUGGUCAUCUCAAACCCAGCCGCCACUCAGUCUGACAUCGACUUCCUCAUUGAAGAGAUAGAAAGACUGGGCCAGGAUCUGUAAUCACCCUUUCCAGAACAGGAGUUGAAGGGAAUUUCCUUUCUUCUGGCCCUCUAGAAUAAACCUCUAUCCCUUGUUAAAACACCUAGACCAUUUCAUUGGAGGAAAAUAUAGUAUCUUGAAGAAUAUCCCUUACAACUUACUUAAGCUCGUUUGUUAGAAUUAGUGGGAAAUGAUGUUUCUUUUUAAUUGCACAUUAGGGUCCCAGUAUAUAUGUACAGUUAUAUAUACCUCUCUCUCUGUCUCCAUACAUAGAUGUAUGUAUAGUAGGUGUG